AUGAAAAGUUUUUUUAAGAAACCUGAAUGGGCUUCCCAGACUACAGACACAAACUCGGACUUCUACCGCCGCUCUGGUCAGACGUACUCGGACAUUAUUGCGGCCAACCGGAGGACCAGAAGCUCGUCAGAUACGCCUGGCCCUGGUGAAGCUACCACCGAGGAAGUCAGACCUUCACAGAGGCGUCGAAUUUCCGAAGAGCCUGAAGAAGAAGAGAGUGUGGAGGAACCGGUUCAGAUCCCCGCGCAUUCCGAGGCCAGAGAACAAGAGACACCCUCUUCGCCUCAACACCAACCCACUCAAUCCGAUGAUCCAGGUGUCAAAGAGAAUGAAUCGCCAAGAAUAACACAAAAGGCGCAUUCAGAUGAAAACCGAAAUUCACCCGUGGUUGGUCGAACAGUUCAGAGUGCCCCGGAUCAUCCGAUUGAUCUUGAUCACCAAGAGGCCAAAGAAAAGCCAACCCCAAAUCCAAAGUCACAGCGCAGUCCCGACACAGACCAAGGCCGCCAGUCUUCGGCGCUGCCGACAACUCCAGUCCCAGCCUCAGCUGAGGAUCCCAUCGUGCAAAUUCUUAUUACCUCUGAGAUUCCAAAUUCGAAGUCAUUGAUGGUGCAUCGCAGAAUGUCCCAGGGGCUGAAAGACGUGCGCUUGGAAUGGUGUAGGCGCCAAGCUAUUUCUACCGAGCUCCAAUCCUCUGUUUACUUCACAUGGCGAGGCCGGCGUCUUUUCGACGUUACAACAUGCAAGAGUCUCGGAGUGAAACCCAAUAAGAACACUACUAGUUCUACUAGUGGACUUUUGGGCAUUGGGGACGACCCUGUCUCAAAGGAGGAAGAACAAGAAAAACUCCAAAUCCAUGUGGUAGCAACUACCGAUAACACCGAUCUACUUCGCCGACCUGGACCUGUCACAACGUCUGGUUCUGGCGCGGGAAUCAUAAACCCCAACACAUCAAACACUGAAGACGCCUCGCCCAAUCCAGAGGACCAGCAAAAUCAACUGCUGAAGCUGAUAUUACGAAGUGCCGACCUCGACGAUCUUAAGAUCAAAGCCAGGCCAAAGACACUCGUGUCCAAAUUGAUCUCGGCAUUUCGCGAUAAACACGGAAUUGCCAUGGACCAAGAUCUAUUGAUUCAUUUUGACGGAGACCGAUUGGAUCCCGACACCCAGCUCCAGGAACAUGAUAUUGACGACCUAGAUAUGUUGGAGAUUCAGGUCAAGCCGCGAGACUAG